AUGUCUAGGUUUCCACUUGCUUUCAUUUUCAUAUUUCUUGUUUUCAGUCCUCUUUUAGGGUUAGGGGCAGACAAAAAAACGCCUCCUAACCCGAAUGUCAAAGUAACUCGUCGAGCUUUUUUUGUGUUUGGAGACUCGUUAGUAGACAAUGGAAACAAUAACCAUUUGGCUACCUCUGCACGAGCAGAUUCACCUCCUUAUGGAAUUGACUAUCCGACUCAUCGUCCCACUGGUCGUUUCUCUAACGGCCUCAACCUACCGGACGCCAUUGGAGAACUCAUUGGUGUGGAUCCAGUAUUGCCAUUUUUAGAUCCGGCUCUAACGGGUCAGAAACUGUUAAACGGGGCGAACUUUGCUUCAGCUGGAAUCGGGAUCCUGAACGACACUGGAAUCCAAUUUGUUAAUAUUAUUCGGAUGCCGAGUCAGUUGGAUGACUUUGGGACAUACAAACUUCGUUUGGCUGAUCUAAUCGGCACCGAGAAAGCCAAAAAACUCGUCAACGAUGCAUUGUUUCUAAUCACCUGUGGAGGCAACGAUUUUGUGAACAACUAUUUUCUGAUCCCGAAUUCGAUUAGAUCGAUUCAAUAUAAACUCCCUGACUAUGUCCCGUUCAUCAUCUCCGAGUACGAGAAGCAUUUAACGAGGCUUUAUAAUCUAGGAGCUCGUAAAGUAUUGGUGACAGGAACCGGGCCACUAGGUUGCGUGCCUGCGAGCCUGGCGCGAUUUAGUAAGCAAGGCGAAUGUGCAGCCGAUCUCCAACAAGCUGCUGGUCUAUUUAACCCGCAACUCGUAAAGAUGGUUAGUUCGCUUAACAAAAAGAUUGGAACCAACAUCUUCACAACCGUUGAAACGAAUCUUGUGAACUUGAACUUCAUCAAUAAUCCUAAGGCUUUCGGGUUUAAGACAUCACAAGAAGCAUGUUGUGGACAAGGACCAUAUAAUGGGAUAGGACUUUGCACACCAUUUUCAAACAUAUGUAAAGAUAGAAACGCAUACGUGUUUUGGGAUGCGUAUCACCCGUCGGAGAGGGCAAACCGACUUAUCGCGCAAGAGAUAUUCCAUGGGAAGAAGUACAUGAACCCGGUGAAUCUUAGCACCCUUAUGGUUAUGGAUUCUAACAUGGUUUGA